AUGAAUAUGUUAGGUACACAUCUGAUUUUGGAGAGGUUUUGGCAAGCAACCUUAAUUCAAGACACAUUAAAUAUUUAUAAUGAAGCAAGAAUGGCAGGUACUAAUAAUGGAUGGCAUUUGGUUAUAGAUACAGAAGCUGAAAAAACCACUAUACCAUUCUUUUUAAGGCAAAGAUUACAAAACUCUCACGAUGGUUGGUGGUUAGAAUAUGAAAUGGCAGAUGGAUAUGGGAAAGAUUUAAGAAUUUAUCAGGCCUCAAGGCCAUAA